UUGAUUUCAUCUCUACCAACUUAAUUAGUUUUGAUCAUUUUAGUGCAGCAAUGGACUGUGUAAAACUUGUACUAUUUUUUAUGCUAUAUCCCUUUCUCUGUCAACUUGCUUUCUCCUCAUCCUUACCUCAUUUGUGCCCCAAACAUCAAGCCCAUGCUCUUCUGCAUUUCAAGCACAUGUUCUGAUAUCUGUGGAUUUCCUAAUACUAAAACUCUUUCAUGGAACGAGAGCAAAGAUUGUUGCUCAUGUGAUGGAGUUCAUUGUGAUAACACGACAAGACAAGUAAUUGAGCUCGACCUCUCUUGCAGCGGACUUCAAGGCAAAUUUCAUACCAUCAGUAGACUGUUUCAGCUCUCCAAUCUCAAACGGCUUGAUUUGUCUUAUAAUGAUUUUUCUGGGUCGCUCAUUUCACCUAAAUUCGGAUUUAAGUCUAAUAUGCCGCCGGUGAUGCAAAUAUAACCCUUCAUCUUUCAUAGAUUGUGAUCUUUUCCAAAGUGUUUGUUACUCCAUGAAUAAAGACCGUGAUUUUUUUUUUUGUGAAAUUGGAGACUCUGCCUGAAUUGUUUUCAUUUAUUUGAAGUUGUUCUUGUACAGAUAGUAGCCCAACAUCUAUCAUUGGUUGCUAUAUAAUCUGUUGUAGUAAUAAUUUC